UGUCGCUAUGGUGUAUGACAGAAUAUGCGUGAGAGAUUUCGAGUUGCCGCCGGCGUUAACUGGGGCAAAACCCUACGUAGUGAAGAAAGGGGAUCUCUUAUGGAUACCGGUUUAUGCACUCCAUCAUGACAUCAAGUAUUUCAAGGAACCAGAAAAAUUCAAUCCUGACCGGUUCAUUGGCGAUGAGAAGAAACAUAUCGACAAAACGGGGGCUUUUUUGCCGUUUAGUUAGGUCCCAGGAUGUGCAUUGGUUAUCGAUUCGCCCUGCUGGCGAUGAAAUUGUUAUUGUUCCACCUACUGGCACGGUGUGACCUUCUGCCUUCUGACAAAACUCAGAUUCCGCUGAAGUUUGCCAAGUACAAUUUUAUUUUGACUG